AAGUGAGAGGCUUUAAUCAUGCCAUUAGGGUGGGGUUCAGGGUGGAAGAACCUACUCCUACCAGAACAUGCAAGAUGAAAGAUGAAAUUUUUGCUGCAAAUUCAGUAUACUGUAUCUGUCGAGAUUUGCCGCUGCUCCACUUGUGCUUCUACAUCCGAUUCCAGUGACAGAGGUCCUGCUAAAUAAAUAAAUCCUGGGAUCCAAUGGAAUUUUAUCUAGAGUUUGACCCCGUGACCUUGAACCUGGUCAUUCUGGUUGUGAGUUAUGUGAUCUUGCUUUUGGUUUUCCUGAUCUCUUGCGUGCUUUAUGACUGUCGAGGGAAAGAUCCCAGUAAGGAGUGUAUUUCGGAGAUUCCCAUGGAAACCCAGGCGCCAAUCCAGUUGAUGGUAGUGCAGCAGGGAUGCCCUAGUAUCCACUGGGCAAGAGGAUUCGUCCCUGCUUACGAAAGUGCAUCUGGUGCAGCCACGAAAAAGACAACAUCAGUAUAAAAAAGAUCUUUCCUUUCUCCAGUAUUCUAACUUUGCAUGAUUCUCUCCUGUUUGCACAAGGAUAAGGGAGUCAGGCACAUCAGCCAGUUUUCUUCUUUCCAAACCAGAGAGGAGGAAUUUUACCUGUUUAAUAAACUUGGC